AUGUCCUCCUCCACCUCUCUCUCCCUCUCCCCUUCCAUCGAGGCCAAUCAGACCCUCGCGACCUUGAUGCGCUCCAUGCACCGCAUUGCCCCCCUCUCCCUCGCCGAUUCAUCUUGGGACAAUGUCGGCUUGCUUCUAGAAGCACCCUUUCCCCGUUCAGCAUCCUCAGACAAGAGUGGCAGGGCAAGCGACAUCGGCAAGGGCGUGCACCUCUGCAUCGACCUCACCACCUCUGUCCUCUCCGAAGUCCUCCAACACCCACACAUCUCCACAAUCCUCUGCUACCACCCUAUCAUCUUUCGCGGACUUAAAACUCUUACCCUCUCCGACCCUCAGCAAGCAACAUUACUCCGUUGUGCAGCCGAGGGGAUCAGCGUGUACUGCCCUCAUACUUCCCUCGAUGCUGCCCGCGGAGGAAUAAACGACUGGCUCGCCGAGGGAUGCAAAUCCUCCCCCUCCGAAGCGUUCAGCGCUGCUCCUGCUCCCUGUCAGAAGAGUAAAGCCACUUCGAUCCCCGAAGGACACGAAGGCGCAGGUAUGGGUCGACAUUUCUCACUUGCGGAGCCUGUGGAAUUGAUCACUUUGGUGCAGCGGUUGAAGAAGCAUUUGGGAUUAGAGCAUGUACAGGUGGCUACACCUGCUGGAAAGGAGAGCCCAAUGGUGCAGAGCAUAGCAGUCUGUGCUGGAUCGGGUGGAUCAGUGUUAGCGGGUGAUGAAAGUGAUUGUUGGUUGACGGGGGAGAUGAGCCAUCACGAGCUUCUAGCAGCCACAGCAGCAGGUCGCAGCGUCAUCCUCACCAACCAUUCCAAUACCGAACGGGGCUACCUCUCUGCCGUCCUCAAACCACGAUUGGAGGAGCUAGCAGGCGGGGAUCUGCAGGUGUCGGUCAGUGAGGUGGAUCGAGAUCCGCUGAGGGUGGUUUGA